AAGAGAAAAUCGAGGCGAUAAUAAGCGCAGCGGAGGAGCAUGUUGCGGUUAAGUUAAAAGAGGUCGAAGUUCAGUACGAAGAACAGCUGGAACAAAUGCGACUUAAAAUGAAGUACAAAAACAAAUGUUGAAGCAAUUCCCACCUCCGAGAACUUUUAUGUUCAUGGUCAACAACAGCAGCGUCGACCGGAAGAUAGCCGUAUGUCAUAAAUCAAAAUGGCGGAUCUCAGUGAUACAAAUUCGCAUGAAAUGACAGAGAAUAAUGUUUCAAAACGGUGUAAUAAUCAGUGGGUCAGACUCAAUGUUGGUGGAACGUACUUUUUAACAGCCAAGACAACAUUAGCGAGAGAUCCAAACUCGUUUCUCUAUCGACUCUGUCAAGAGGACUCGGAUUUAAUAUCGGACAGGGAUGACACAGGAGCUUAUCUCAUAGAUCGUGACCCGAAAUACUUCAGUCCCGUAUUAAAUUACCUGCGUCAUGGGAAACUUGUUAUUAACAAAGACCUCGCUGAAGAGGGUGUCCUUGAAGAAGCUGAAUUCUACAACAUCACUGAACUCAUUCGUCUUGUUAAUGAGAGAAUCAUGUUGAGGGACACUCGACCGCAGCGAGACUCAAAGAAGCACGUAUACAGAGUAAUUCAAUGUCACGAGGACGAAAUUACUCAAAUGGUCUCGACAAUGUCCGAUGGAUGGAAAUUCGAGCAGCUCAUUAAUAUUGGAUCUCAAUACAAUUAUGCCAAUGACGAUCAUGCAGAAUUUUUGUGCGUGGUGAGCAGAGAGUACGGAGCGAGUCAAUUGAGCUGUAAGGAGCAAGAAUCAACGGACCGAGUCAAGGUCCUGCAGCAGAAGGGUUCGCGCAUGUAAUCACUUUCCUGCCCAGUCCCUUCCUCUACCUCUCCUGAAAAUCUAGACCGACUACGCAGCAACAAGAUGAAGACUGUUUUACCUUAUCCAAUUCUUUCUCUCUUCGUUUCCGUUUUUUUUUCUCUCAAUCUUUAUUUCAAAGUUUUAUCGAGUAAGAAUUAUUCACCCAAGUAAAAAAGAAGAAUCCACGCGAAGAAUCGAUGUUGACGAGUACAUGGGUGAAUGUACAAAACCAGAAGUGUAAGAGAUCAGAGCGACAUGUGAAACAUUAAGUUGGAACGAGAGAUAAAGAGUAUUUUUUAUUCGUUAAACAUUAUUUAGUAUUGAAUAAAUACAUGACAUUGUAUACCGAAGGCUAUGAAAAAAAAAAAAACAUUUAAUACGGUUGUACUUGGCGGUUCACUGUGUUUUUGAUCUUUCUCUCUCUCUCUCUUUCUCUCACCAUCGACCUAUUUAUAGAUUCACAAAAACAAAGACCAUGGAGUCUCAACAAAUUUAUCGAAUUCUGCCUUAACACCAUUUAUAAUCAAUCAAAAGGAGCAUUCUUUGUCCAACGACCAAUACUCAUUCGAAACAUCAUAGGGAUUUGCAUCUCUACAAAAUAAUUUGAAAACGACAAUAGCAUUUACGAAAAUGUAAAAAACAAAAAAGAACGAAAAAAAACGAUGUCUUGAAUACAAAUGUCUAUACAAUUAUACGAUUACGAAUUUCCGGUUGUGUAUAGAUAAUUGUUUUUGUACGAAAUUAUAUGUACAGGGUUAAUUGUUAUUGUUGUUUUUCUUUUAAUUGAAUUUUUUUUUUUUUUCCAAUUCCAAUUUGAUUUAUCGUUUAAUUUGCAUUCUUUACGUAAGGGGAUAUCUAAAUUACUUACCUUCGCACUGCCGCAUACGAAAGAGGGAUAUAAAAUAAUGUAACAUUUGUAAUAUUUAGACCAAUGCCUUGCAUAGUCAGGGUUCUUCUUGUUUAAUUGUUUUUUCUUUUUUUUCGUCAAAAGAAAUAACAAAUACGAGACAAGAGCCGUGAUCGUCGAUUAUAUAUUACAUGUAAUAUACAUUAUAUAUAAAUAUAUAUGUAACGUUCACCCAACAAUGACACUAUAGAAAAUAUAUAUAUAUGAACUUAAUCGUUAGCCCAACGAGGAUCAAUAAAAACUAUAUAAAUAAAACUAUCACGUAGAGGAGAUUAAAUGUUAUUUGUAAUAAUUGAAAGUGUUCUCAUGAUAAAAGAUCAUCAUUGAAUUUUGUUAAUUGUUAUUGAAGGAAUGAGCAACAUUGAGAAUGAAAAAGAAACGAUGUUGAUGGUGUUAGAGUCUGCAUCGUUCGAGCGUAACGAAAUUUCGCACUGUGUCGAACUUUUAGGUUAACGAAAUUUUUCUAAAUUGACAUUUCAACGUUGUUACUGUCGGUGGGUUUGUAACUACUACUUUAGACUACAUUUGCAUCGAAAUAAUAUGUAGGGAUAUAGUGCAGAAAUUUUAUUACAUGUCAUCGAUGCAGAUUUUAACGUCAUGUAAUAUAAAAAACGAACGUCGUUGUAAGAGUACUUUGGUCUUCGAUAUUCAUCGUAUUUGCCGAUAAAUUUAGCUUCAUUCACGAGUUUUAUCGGUGUUCUUGUGAUACGAACGAAUAUUGGAACGUUCGAGCGAUUGGAGAAAAAUCUGUGACAAGAUUUUUGGUCAAUUGUCAUAGGCCUACGGUAUAAUGAGCCCAGGACAAUAUACGUCAUAUUAUAGAUGAAUCAUAAUUAUAGUUUGUACGUUGGAAACAGCAGGCACACACGAAUAUCUCAACGUAUGAGAAAACAAAUAAAUGUAAAUCAAGUGCCGGAAUGACGCGUCCGAGGAGCUACGAUUUUCUGCAGAGUACAACAUCAUCGAUCAACGCCAUCGUCGAAUAAUAAUAAUAAUAAUAAUAAUAAUAAUAAUAAUUCGCAAUCAUAUGUUACGAAGGUUCAAACAGAACGAGCGAGAACAAAAGGGGAACGAUUUUUGCACGCGGCUGUAACGAUAUGUAACAAUAUUUUGCAAAUUGUUCAUAUAGAACUGCGGAUUUUGUAUCUCACUAUUUGUGCAACAAUCUUGCACGUCCCCUUCCUAAAGGAAAAGAAAAUCCCUUCCACCCUAAAAACAUAUUUUUAACGAUUCACUCAUUAGGUCAAAAAUAAGGGUGAAUUUAUCAAUAACGAUAUAUUGAUAUUCGCUCACUUUAUUCAUACAUAAAACGAUAUUCAAGUCAUACGUUAUUUGUUUUUAUGUUUUCUCAUUAAUAAACGAGCAUUUGUACUUUCAUAGACAUUUUUAAAGAUCUUUGACUAUACUUGAUGUUUUUUCGCUAGGCGUAAAACAAUUGUAUUUUUACCUUUUGAGAAAAUCUUUUAAUACGAAGAGGAAAGAAAAAAUAUAAAAAAUUUAUCUUAAGACGGUUUAGAAUCGUUCUCGACUAAAUUUUGAUCUGUAUACAAUCAUUUGGAUCAGGCUAAAAAAAAAUCUUUUUCAUUUGGUGGAGGAGAGGAUCCGUCCUCUUGUCUUCUAUAGUGAAAAAUAAUAUAAAUAGCGAUAGAUUCAAGACAAAACCUACAAUAGAGAAAACAGUGUUCAACACUGAUAUUACACGAAUAAUCACAAUUAUUAGAAACCUCACACUUAUCCUGUAAAACAACCACCUACGAAAUAAUCACAACAAAAGUAAAAAAAAAAUCUUCAACUAAUCAACUUACAAUGAAGUGUUUGCUAUUGAAUAAUGCGCUCACAUGACGGCGAAACACGGAUAAUAUUAGUAUUGUAUGAGUAAAAGAAAAAAAAACUGAAAAAGUUAACAGAGCUCUUUGGAGUUUGCUAUAUUUAGUAAGUGCAACUUUUGGUUUCUCUUUUUUCUUUUAAUUCUCACAAUAUUUACCAUUUUAGUCUACGAUUAGAAUAAUUGGUCCACCAUUUUAUGGGAAACUCUUGCGAGAAUAAAACAAUAUGUUUCCAUCAGUUGUAACUUAAAGUAAAUAAAGACUUUAUUGUACAACUUU